GAUGGGAACCGCGCAGCCGAAGAAGAGCUGGGGGCGGUGGCGUUGGAGCGGGGGCUCGAAGGAUAGUGUCUGCUACCCGACCCCAGGGUCUCCCGAGGAGGACUCGGGGCCCUCUAGAGGCCCGUGAUGCGGCCCCGUCCCGAGCCCUUCCUGCCUCUUGCUCUUCUGCUGGCUUCCAGCCCCCGCCCUUCUGAUUCCUGACCUAAAGUUCAACCCCGGGAGCCUGGAGAAUACAGACUCCCCUCCCUCCCCGCCCCCGCCCUGUACUUCAGGCUUGAAAAAGGAAAAAGCCCCACUUUUGCCCCGUCACUAGAAACUCGGCCAUCUGAGUCAGCCGAGCCAAGUGACGUUAGGCCGAUCCGGGCUCCUGGCUAGCAGAGUGGAGACGCUGCCACGAAACCCCGUACCUGCGGCUAAGAGCAGGACAAAUUAGUCAGGAUGUCCACGAUUUCAAAGCACUUUGGAUUGAAGUACAAAGAAGAAUCAUACAUGUUUAAGGAGCUUGAGAAGGUUCGCAAGGAGACUAAAAAGGAUUUUCUCCUACUCAAGCAGAAGUUGGCCUCCAGGCUGCCUGUGGUUGAAGUCUCCGCCUUCGGCCCCCAGACCCCCGGCCCGGUCCGCCCUGGGGAGAAGAGAAGCGUUUGCCGCGAGGGGCCCCUGAAACCAUCAGGUUCCCCUCGGGCCAAAGGCCCUGCGGCCCCCGAUGCAGCCCUGCGGCAGCCGGUGCCCCGAGAUACAGCGCAGCCCCCAGGCCCGAGCCAGGCGGCCGCUCCCGGGAAGACGCAGCCCUUCUGCCCCCAGGACUUCUACUUGCGGAGCUCCGCGUUCCUCCGACACCCGCCCCUGAAGAAGCCGCCGGUCAUCGCCUCCAGGGCCGGCACGUCCAGACCCGUGGUCCUGAGGCCGCCGCCCGCGCGCAGGGAGAAGGCCCCGGCGCGUCGGGGUCCCAGGAGCCCGCGGCCCGCGGCCCGCAUGCCCGUCCAGGGCCCGGCCCGGGGGCGCGACGCGAGCCAGAGGCCGGCCCCGCUCGGCAAGGCCCGUAAGGCCCCAGAGAGGAAGAGCAGCUCCCCUUCCAGCGACACCAGCGACGCCGAGGCGGCCGGCCGGCGGAGAGGGACGAUUCGCACCCGCUUCCUCCGCGAGGGCUCGGGCGGAGAGCUGCGGCGGACCUCCGGGUCACUUUUCAAAACGGACCUCAAGAGCAGCGCGCCGAGCGACGCGCGCGAGGCCGCCCCGCAGACCCCGCAGCCAGCGCGGGCGGUCCCGACGUCCAUCGAGGAGAUCAUCGCCUCCCUGCAGUCCGAGGCCCAGCUGGCCUCGGACCAGACUAUCCAGGAGCUUAUCCAGAGCGUCCUCGGCCGGAACUACGACAUUAAGAUGGAAGUAGGUGACCCAGAAUAG